UGCUAGCGGGCACCAACUCCAUCUCGGGGGCCUAACCAUCCCCAGCCCUUCCCCUUUUGUCCAAUUCAGAGGGGAAGAAUGGGUUCCUUUUUUCUUUUCUUUUUUGCGCGUGCACCGGCUUUAAGACCCAGCAGGAAAGGGAAGCAGGGAAGGGAGUGGGGGGGGGGGGCGAGAAGGCACGGAGAAUUGAGGAACUUGCGUGGAGCAGCUCGGCCGGGCAGCAGCAGCAACAGCAGCCUGGGCACUUUUUGCGCACCUGGCAGAAGAGGUGGGGAUCUAACCUGUUGCAGCCGCCAUGCGGGAGACGCUUUUCAAGGACAACUUCUGGACUACAGAUUUAAUCAGCACAGCUGGUUACGAUGGCAUCAUCCAGCACCUCAAUGACGGCAGGAAGAACUGCAAGGAGUUUGAAGACUUUUUGAAGGAAAGGGCUUCUAUAGAAGAAAGAUAUGGCAAGGACCUGAUUAAUUUAUCGCGGAAAAAACCCUGCGGGCAGACAGAGCUGAACACCCUGAGAAGAGCUCUUGAGGUUUUCAAGCAACAGGUGGACAGCGUCGGGCAGAGCCACAUCCAGUUGGCCCAAACGUUGCGCGAAGAGGCGAGGAAGAUGGAAGACUUCCGGGAGAAGCAAAAGCUCCAUCGCAAAAAGAUCGAACUCAUAAUGGACGCGAUUCACAAAAACAGGAAUCUGCAGUACAAGAAAACCCUGGACGCCAAGAGGCUGUAUGAGCAAAGGUGCCGGGACAAGGAUGAGGCGGAGCAGGCCGUCCACCGGAGCGCCAACCUGGUCACGCAAAAGCAGCAGGAAAAGCUCUUUGUGAAGUUGGCUCAGACAAAGACAGCCCUGGAAGAUUCAGACAGGGUGUAUCAGGCGAACGUUGGUGCCCUGGAGAAGAUCAGGGAAGAAUGGAAGAAUGAACAUGUCAAGGCGUGUGAGUUCUUUGAGAGCCAAGAGACCGAAAGGAUAAACUAUUUCCGGAAUGCUCUGUGGCUCCACGUCAACCAGCUCUCUCAGGAAUGUGUCAAGAACGACGAGAACUACGAGGAGAUACGCAAGAGCCUUGAGCAGUGCAGCAUCGAGAAGGACAUCGAGUUUUUUGUGAAUGCCCGAAAAACAGGCACCGUCCCACCAAAUCCAGUGGUCUACGAAAACUAUUACAACACUCAGAAGAAUGCAGCGCCAGGGAGAAAUCAAGCCCCCGCCCCCGGGAGGAGGCCAAAGCUACCUGUUCCUUCCAGCGGGCCAUUAGACCCUGAGUACUCUACAGUGGAUGGAUACAGUUUAAUACAUCACCACUAGCCCAGAGAGUAUCUUGAAGCCGUUCUGCCCAGCUGCCCCUUCUCGAAGUGAGAAA